GUUCACUUUAGUAGUCCUUUCUAUCGCCUUCAUAUUUCUCUUCUAACUCGUACUGUAGUUGUCUCUCUUCCGCUUUCUGUAGUACUACUAGUAGUAGUUAGUAACUUAACAAGAACAUCAUACAGGGUUCAUCCUUUUCCAAAUUAACUGCUAAAAAAAUGUUGAAAUUCAAUCAGAAUAAACUUUAAUGGAGAAAAUAAAAUCCGGGUUUUUAAUUACAGAGUUAAAAUAGGGCGUGUUUUAAGUUAAAGGGUUGAUUUUUAGGGUUUGGGGAGGUGUUUUUUCUCUUCUUUUGUUGUGUAAAGAUGUUAUCAGAAAUGGGAAUGAGACAAGGUGGUGAUGAUUUAGGGAUUUUAUUACGAGAACAGAGGAGACAACAAGAAUCAAAUGAUCGAGAAAGGGAACUUAAUAUAUUUAGAAGUGGUUCUGCACCUCCAACAGUUGAAGGCUCGUUAAGUGCUGUUGGUGGUCUAUUUGGUGGUGGUGGUGGCGGUGAUAUUUCAAUGUCUGAAGAAGAACUAUGUUCUGAUCCAGCUUAUCAUUCAUAUUAUUAUUCUAAUGUGAAUCUAAACCCUAGACUACCGCCACCUUUGUUAUCUAAAGAAGAUUGGAGGUAUGCUCAGAGAUUACAGGGUGGUACUGGUGGUGGUGGUUCUAUUGGUGAUAGAAGAAAAGUGAAUCGAACUACUGAAGAUCAGAAUAGAGUUACCUCAUCUUUGUUUUCCACGCAGCCUGGCUUUAAUUCGGAUGUUGUGGUCGAAGAAAAGGAUAAUAUUGAGUCCAGGAAACAGCAGGAGUGGGGUGGCGAUGGAUUGAUUGGUUUAUCUGGGUUUGGAUUAGGUAACAGACAAAGGAGCUAUGCUGAGAUAUUUCAGGAUGAUAUGAGCCGAGCAUCUCCUGUCUCUGCGCACCCUUCUCGUCCAGCUAGUCAUAAUGCAUUCAAUGAUACCGGCGAUCCGUUGGGUUCAUCUGAAGCCCAUCUUGCUCAUCUGAAUCAGGAGUUGGAUUCUCUAAGGUCAAAUGCUAGUGCUCAGGGUUUAUCUGGAGUACAAAGUGUCACUCCAACUUCUCACACUUAUUCAUCUGCAUUAGGUGCUUCAUUAUCAAGAAGCUCUACUCCUGAUCCUCAACAUAUUGCUAGAGCACCUAGUCCUUUGCUUCAGCCUGUCGGUGGAGGGAGAGUUGUUGCUUCGGAUAAGAGAAGUUUCAAUAGUCCGAACUCAUUUCAUGGUGUCUCUUCGGGUAUGAAUGAUCCUUCAGAUCUGGUGUCCGCGCUAUCAGGGAUGAGCUUGUCAGCUAGUGGUGCUCGUGACGAAGAAAGUCACUUGCGCAUGAUUCAACAAGAAAAUGAAGAUCACCAGAACUUUUUUAACCUGCAGGGUGGUGCAAAGCACAUGAAUCAGCAUUCAUACCCAAAAAAAUCUGACUUGAGGCAUGUAGGGAGCAAUGAGCAGAGUGAACUGCACAGGUCAGCUGUUUCUUCUCCUAACUCAUACCUCAGAGGACCCUCUACACCCACCCGUAAUAACGCUGGAGGCUCUCCAUCUCGCUAUCAGAAUGCUGAUAGUAUGAAUCCAGCAUUGCCAAACUAUAAUUUAGGUAACUUUUCUCUAAAUCCAGCAAUGCCAUCCAUGAUGGCUAACCAACUAGGUAGUGGCAAUUUUCCUUCUUUGUUCGAUAAUGUUGCUGCAGCGUCUGCAAUGGCAGCCGCUGGUAUUGACUCUAGGACACUGGGAGGACCUAAUUUAGUGGGGGCAGCAGAAUUUCAGAACCUCAACAGAAUGGGUAAUCAAGCAGCAGGGAGUGGUCUUCAAAUGCCUGGGGUGGAUCCUUUGUAUGUUCAGUACCUUAGAGCAGCUGAAUACGCUGCUACCCUCAAUGACCCGUCUAUGGAUAGAAACUAUGUGGGUAACUCUUAUGUGGAUUUGCUUGGGCUUCAGAAAGCUUACCUUGGCGCACUUCUUUCACCUCAGAAAUCCCAGUUUUCCUUGCCUUUCUUAGGUAAAUCUGCCAGCCUAAAUCAUGGUUACUAUGGCAAUGCUGCAUAUGGUCUUGGCGUGUCGUAUCCUGGGAGCCCUUUGUCAAGUCCUGUUCUUCCCAAUUCUCCUGGUGGUCCUGGUAGUCCAAUGAGACACAAUGAUCGAAGCAUGCGUUUUCCUUCUGGAAUUAGAAACUUAGCAGGCGGUAUGAUGGGGUCAUGGCACUCAGAAGCUGGUGGUAACGCUGAUGAGAGUUUUGCAUCCACCCUACUGGAAGAAUUUAAGAGCAACAAGACGAGAUCUUUUGAACUUUCGGAAAUUGCUGGUCACGUUGUUGAGUUCAGUGCUGAUCAGUAUGGGAGCCGCUUCAUUCAGCAAAAGCUAGAAACUGCUACCAUGGAAGAGAAAGACAUGGUUUUUGAUGAGAUCCUUCCCCAAGCUUUUUCAUUGAUGACUGAUGUUUUUGGUAAUUAUGUCAUCCAGAAGUUUUUUGAGCACGGGAGCCCAUCUCAGAGAAGAGAACUAGCAAAUCAGCUGACUGGGCAUGUAUUAACACUUAGUCUUCAAAUGUAUGGCUGUCGGGUGAUCCAGAAGGCGAUAGAAGUUGUCGAUUUGGACCAGCAGACACAAAUGGUGGGGGAGCUUGAUGGUCAUGUCAUGCGAUGCGUACGUGAUCAAAAUGGAAACCAUGUCAUUCAGAAGUGUAUUGAGUGCAUCCCUCAAGAUGCCAUUCACUUUAUUGUCUCAACCUUCUACGACCAAGUCGUGACGUUAUCAACCCAUCCAUACGGUUGUCGUGUAAUACAGAGGGUGCUAGAACACUGCGAUGAUGCGACAACCCAGCGUAUUAUGAUGGAUGAGAUUAUGAAGUCCAUUUGCAUGUUGGCACAAGACCAGUAUGGAAAUUAUGUUGUUCAGCAUGUGUUGGAGCAUGGAAAGCCACAUGAACGUUCUUCCAUAAUAACGAAAUUAGCUGGGCAAAUUGUUCAGAUGAGCCAACAGAAGUUUGCUUCCAAUGUUGUGGAGAAGUGCCUAGCUUUUGGUGGUCCUGUUGAACGCCAGAUAUUGGUGAAUGAGAUGCUUGGUACAACUGAUGAAAACGAGCCUCUACAGGCAAUGAUGAAGGAUCAGUUUGCAAACUAUGUUGUACAAAAAGUACUCGAAACUGUUGAUGAUCAUCAACGAGAACUGAUUCUUGGGCGUAUAAAGGUUCAUUUGAACGCCCUGAAGAAGUACACUUAUGGGAAGCAUAUAGUUGCACGUGUGGAGAAGCUGGUUGCAGCUGGAGAGAGGAGAAUUGGUCUUCAGUCGGCAUAUGCGUCUUCAAUGGCGUAGGAGGGAAUGUUGUUGUACAGCUAACUGAGGCUUCUAGUAUGAGCUCCCUUUCUCCCUUUCUCUCAUCUCCCUUAGUAUGAAGUUAUCGCUCUCUAUGUCUAUCUAUUAGGACAGGUAAGAGUCGAUUUAGAAAUAAAAGUUGUUGCUUGUACUGAGAAAUUGUACAUUGUGUAGUUUUGAGAAAUAUAUAUACCUAGAAUCAGGCAAGCUGAGGUUCAGAUGGUGGUUAGAUACACCUGAUGCCCCGUAGAGAUAAAAAUGAGUGAUACAAGUUUUUAAGGGUGUAAAGAAAAAAUGAGGUAGUGAAAAAUGUGUUAUAACCGUGACUGUACAAAUAUCACCGUUGGCGAGCAUUUGGUGUUUUAGGUGAGAGGUCUAAACGUCUUUUUUGUUGUUGUUGUUGUUGAAUCUUAUGGUGGGAUUUGUUUAUUUCCCCUUAAGUGCAUUCAUCUGUAUGUUUGUGGAACAAAUCCUUUAACCUCAGUAUAUAGAUGCUGGCAUGGUUAGUUAUCGUACUAGUUGUUAUUAAAUUGUGGUUAACUUGAAUACCUGUUUUAAUAAAUUGGCUAGUUUUGUGGAUUUU